UCCCCUCGUUUUAUCUGCAACAUCCCUCUGCACAGUCAAUGCGAGGAGCUGGAUGCAGCAGGAACCGAGCUGGUUUGCAAUGCGGUUAUGUAAAAGCUAGCUCUGCAACAAAAAAAACCUCCUCCCCACAUACUCUGGGGUUUCGACGCAAACCGGUGCCCCAAAUGCGAAGGACAGUCAGUCCCAGGACUCGGUGGCGAGGCAGCCGAGUUAGUGACGGCGUCUAGAUGUUCCGCAGUGCUGGUCGCUUCCUUGCACAUUAUAUGAUAUUACUACAUCUGGUCCGUUUAGUAAUUAAAGUAUCGAUUUAUUGUUCCCACCUUCAAAGCUCCUGAUGCACGUGAAGAACGCGGAUUGCUAUCUGUUUGCGGUGUAAACCUGAACUGGAAGCUUUGAUUUUUAUUUUUCUCCCUCCCAUCAAUUGCAAAGCCUCUUGUGUCCUUGGGUUAUUUUUUUGAGUCAGAAGAUGGCGGAUCCCACUGAGAUGUUUUCGCUGUCAACCUUCCACUCUCUCUCCCCUCCAGGCUGCAGACCUGCUCACGAUAUCAGCCUGGAGGAGUUUGACGAUGAGGAUUUGUCUGAGAUUACUGAUGAUUGUGGAAUUGGGCUGAAUUAUGACUCUGACCCCUAUGAGAAGGACUGCUUGAUGUUCGAUGUGAAGGGUGCGCCACAGGCCGUCACAGAGAUCUGCUCCUUCCAGGAUGAUCUACAAGAAUUUGAAAUGAUUGAUGACACUGACGACAUGGAAGAACGAGAGUUGCUGCCCUCGCCCACUGCCAGCACUGCCCAUCAGACCCGACCUACCACCUUAAACCUUGCCACACCCCUCUCCCACUCACAGGAUUCUCUCAAUAACAAUACCAGUUUCUCUCCAAGGAAAGCUAGCUGGCAGGAAACACUGCUCCAUUCCUCUAGUGGUCAUUUAACUCCUCCACAUCAAUGUAUCCAAGACAGUAUCCAUCCUGCUGGUUGGUGUCUGACCUCCCUUAACACUGGGACACAUGCCAAUGGAUCACCAGUAAAACACAUGGAAACUGCAACAACACAGUCACCUUUGAAACCACUACUAUACGAUUUUGAAGGAAAUCGACGGGAUACUCUGGAAUACGGUAACAGCAAGGCUGCCCAACUCAUAGAGGAUCAUAAUAAGAAUGUUAUAUUGCCAUCAUUGCCAUAUCCGUCAUUGCAUGCAAACAAAGAACUCGCUAAACACUGUCUCUCUCCGACAGGGUCUUUUGGUUUUCAUAGAAAGUCACCAAGCCCCUUCACGGAGAUGGAACCAGGUCAUGAUGGCAAUGUGCAUCCAACUAAUGCAGCAGACAAUAUAACAUUAGCAAGUUCAGACACAGAGCCGGAACAGGACCUGACUAACAACAGUUCCAUGGGACAUUUUAGUCCUGAUAUUAGAUGCAACGAAACGUACACUCUAGCCUCGGAACUGGGGAUCAACAUUGAGUUAGAAACUGAUCACCACUUUGCUGCCACAAGCAAAUGCCUAUCAUCUUCCAACCUCAGCAACGGUUCCUGUACUCCUGUGUCUGAUGCAGAAUUGGAACAAGAAUUUGGGGUUGAGCUUGCAAGUAGACCAAACAGACCACAUUCAGAGCAAACAACUUCUGUGACAAAUCUUCUUGAAGGAAUCGUUUUGAAAUCUACUCCCACCACUGCAAUGAGUUCUUCUGCUCCCAACAUGAUCUCAGAGUUGAACCCUGACCACAUGACACCAGUGACUACUUACAACCAUGCACAACUAUCUGGUUCCAGUAGUGACACAGCUUCUCCUUCCUCUGAUCUGGGCAUUGUGGCAGAUCUCACCUCGAAAAGUAGCAAAAAGUUCAUACAAUCAUACCAAAGCGAGGAUGUUGGUUCCUCAGGUUCAGACUCAGAACUGGAGGAGCUGGAAGACAGACUAACCUGCAACAAUAGUGCUGCAUGCAACAUGAUUUCUUCCAUCUCUGAAACAGAGUUAGAUCUUACCAGUGAAAGCAGCAGUGGAAGGUCAUCACACUUAACCAACUCGAUUGAGGAAGCAAGCUCUCCCAACUCUGAUCCUGAGAUUGAUUGGGAGGGAGAAAUCUGUACAGCAAGUGUAAAAGAUCGAUUGUACUCAAUAAAGAUGGCAAACAGUGCCAAUGUCAAUUCUUUGAAACCAGUUGUCGAAUGGAACCUUGAGAGUGGAUAUGCAGUGAGAUUUCACAGUGCAGUGGAUCAAAACACUUCAGAUAUUUCCACAGAAAUGACAGAGUCGGAUCAAAUAACUGACCACAUUACAGAUGUCAUUGAUGUGUCUCUGGAAAAUGCCGAUGAGGCUAAAGAACAGGUUAUUUCACCAAAAGAUUCGAAGUUCAGACCAGUAGGUCAGAAUGAAGAGAGUGCCAGGCCAACGUAUCUAGAUAUUGUUCCCAAUCAAGGACUAUCUCGAGUUCCAACCCAUAAGUCACUAAUGCUUGAGAAUGAGGAAGAAAACAGCAAUGAUGAACUGAGUAAUGAUUCUGAGUCUUCAUGUUCUGAUCAUGAUUCAGAUCCUGAUCUCAGUGAAAGUUCUGACUCUCCUUGGCUUCUCAGUAACAUGGUCAACACAAUGAUUUCGCAAGGCUCGCAUACUGUCAAAGACGAGUACUGGCUGCAGACUAAUUCAUUCAGUGAGACUACUUCCUCAUGCUCUGAUAUUGAGAUUGAACCAGUCAAUAAUAGUGAGUUAUUGCCCACUUCAGGCAAUCAAGUCAACUCGGGUGGAGAAGCUUCGGAAGGAACUGAUGUCAAAUUGGUCAUAAUGAAUAGAAACAAUGAUUUUGGUGACUCUAUGUGUUCAGAAGAUGAAGAAAAAGAGAAUGAAGUCGAUGAACUAGAGUUAGAGCCAAUGCCUGUUAAUAGACCACCUGCACCCUACAUGGCUUUGAGUAGUCCACCCCAUAACAAAGCCUCAGCAGGAGAUAAUUGUGGGGUGAUACUCACUCCAACAAGCAUAGACUCCUGUGAAAUGCAAGCAGAGCUCGAUAUUGACUUGAAGAACUGUUGUACAAAUGAAUAUGACCACACAGGAAUCACACAGGCUACAGCUCCAAGCCCCACAUUAAGUUUCAAAUAUGAGGAAUCAGUUGAUUCCCUUCACGGGAUGAGACCAUAUGAGGAUGACAAAGCUCCAAGUUUCAGAGAAGAGCCAGAAGUUGCAUUUAUUCCAGAAGAUGGGUUGAUUGAACUCAGUAAAUCUUCAAGACCAUCAGCCUGGGAGGUGCAGGUGGCAUCAAAUCCAGUUAACAAUGAAACUGACUCCACCAGUAAAUGCUCAAGUCCAUUUUCUCUGUAUAAUGCAACUCCCAAAAUACCCAUAUCAUUUAGUGACCCGUCAAAUGGACCUUUCAGCCUGAGGGAACUCUCUGCAUUACAUAGGACGGGCAGCACACAUUUGGACCAAUCACUGGCCUACGACUCCAUCAAGUAUACUCUGGUGGUAGAUGAAAACACUACUUUGGAUCUAGUCAGUUUGAAACGCUGCACAUCUAUUUUGAGCGAUGAUAGUGAGGUCUCAACGCUGUGUGACAACUGUGAGCUGGAGAUGGACAAUGAGUUUGGAGACUGCAUGCAGAGACAGGAUGUCGAGAAUUCAUCGGAGGAUUCAUCACCAGAAGCCGAUACACAGUUUUCUAAAAAAUUCCUCAAUGUUUUUGUCAACAGCACAUCUCGAUCUUCCAGUACCGAAUCUUUUGGCCUUUACUCAUGUACAAUAAAUGGUGAAGAACGGGAUCAGACUCAUCGAGCAGUGUUCCGGUUUAUACCACGGCACCAGGAUGAGUUGGAAUUAGAUGUUGAUGACCCAUUAUAUGUUGAAGAGGAGGAGGAUGACUACUGGUACAGGGGCUACAACAUGAGAACAGGAGAACGUGGAAUCUUCCCAGCAUACUAUGCACAUGAAGUUGUCAAUCAGGCCAAGGAUUUUCUAGGGAUAAAGAAGAGUAGCAUCUGGAUGGAGAAGUUCAAUGUGCAGUUCUUGGGAUCUGUGGAAGUGCCCUAUCACCAAGGAAAUGAUAUCCUGUGUGCUGCGAUGCAGAAGAUUGCUACCACUAGAAAGCUAACAGUUCACCUGCGACCUCCUGCAAGUUGUGACUUGGAGGUCAGCAUUCAAGGAGUGAAGUUAACUAUGAGUAUGAAUGAGUAUGGAUUGGAGGACAAGAGUGAAAGAUGCAGCCAUUUUUUCCAAAUGAAGAAUAUUUCAUUCUGUGGAUGUCAUCCUAAAAACAGCUGCUACUUUGGAUUCAUCACCAAACACCCAGUGGUGAAUCGCUUUGCUUGUCACGUGUUUGUAUCUGAGGAGACCAUGCGUCGCGUCGCUGAGUGUAUUGGCCAAGCUUUUCAGGAAUACUAUCAGGAACACCUGGAGUACGCCUGCCCAACAGAAGACAUUUAUCUGGAGUAAGGGUUUGACAGAUCUUGCAUUGAUACUUGACAUUUUCCGAGGACCUGAGCUCAACUGUGAGCUGUAUCCCUGCUCCCUGUAUAUAAAGAAAAUUAAACAAACUCCAAUCAAACUAAGAGAAUCCUUGUAAAAGUACAUGGUACUUUGGACCCCUUGUGAGUUUUUGCAUUAACUCUGAAAAGCCUAUCAUAUCAAACCUGUGUUUGCUGCACAAAUCCAUUCCAUAUCCAUUCCAUAUCCAUAUGAAUAUCCAACUCUAGUCUUAAUAUCCUUCUCGUGCCGUUGUUCUAGAUUGCUUCAUAAUCAUCUUGACACCAAAAUAAACAGGUACAGUUCAGAAAGAAUGCGAGCCAAUGUAGCCAAUGGGAGCAGCAUAGAGUGGAGAAUGCCACAUGUGCUGGGAUUAUUUAACUGGCCAUUUUAGCUCUAAUAUACUUUAGCCUGACAAUUAUUUUCCUUGUAUCUGAUGUCAUUAAAUCCCCUAAUUUACAACAGUCCCAACAUAGGUUGGGUAGAGAUAAUAUCAGCAUGAUUUAUGUACAUUAUGUUAUGUGUUUUUAAUAUUAAUCGGUGCUACUCAGAAGUGUGCAGCAGACAGAGUCUGCUUGGCAGGAUGCAGAGUGUUUUGGCCUCAAACCAGCAAAAAGCUUUCUUUGUUGUAGAGUGAACCAUGACUUUGCUAUGGACCAGUUAUAUGUACUUCUGGGGCAAUUGGCUUUGCUUCAUUCAAACCAUUAACUAACCCCCCUCUCCCUCAACCAUCCUCAUUCUUGUCUCACUUAAAAUGAACAGAUUUGGCCCAGAACGCAGACAAGUUUGUCAGACAUAAGUUAUCUCAAUGUUAACAGGAGAAGUGAUGGCACUCCAAUUAAAAAAAAAAAAGGAUACUGGUUACAUUUGUUUCUACAACAGUGGAGGUGAUUUUGAAAGGACUGCUUGGAACAAUCCCACUGUUAGGGUCACUCACCCAUAGUAACGGCUCCAGUUUUCUGGACCACCACAGUCCAGUUGCACCAAUCCAUUGCUCUGCAAUCUCAUCUGCCUUGCGUGAAAUGGGCUCUGCUCAUUGCUGAGGAUGAUCUGUAUGACAUGCAUGGUUUUUAAAAGCUGCAUGAAAUCAAUUCAAAGCUCGCUUCUUGCCCACUGCCAAGGGGAAACUAGAAGUCCAAAAUUCUGGCGCAGAGUGACUCAGUCCUUUAGAUUCACAGUAUAUCCACAGAGAGGGAGAGAGAGAGAGAGCAUGAAGUACUUUAAAUUAAUUUGCUGCUCUCAUUUUAUCCAGCUGUUGUAGUCCAUCUUUAGCCAAGUACACACUCCCUAGUUACUCACGUAUAUCAACUGGAUCAACUAUCGGUUUAACAAUAAUUGCAUGAUAAAUGUUGACAGGAACAGUGCCUUUUAAAUACCCUUAAAGAUGAUGCCCAACUAGAGCUGGGGGUAUACUGUACCGACCCAGCACUCAGUGCAAGAGGCAAAUCAGUUGUGGUCGUGAGGAGUAAUGUCAGUUGUAACUUAUAUACAUUGUUUGUUUGAUAUUAGCAGUCGACUCAGGUUCUCCUUGUGCACCUUCAUUGAUGUGGGAUAUUAACUGAUGUAAUUAUAGAGUGCUGGAGAGACUGGUAAAUGGACAGGAAAAGGAAUUCUGAAAUUACCAUCUCACAGGCAUCUUGUAGCAUGGUGUCAGAGUUGCCAGAGAAAAAGCCUAAAGGGUGCUGGAAGUAGAUUCUUUAGAGCAUCACAUUGGCAUAAUAACUCAUUAUUUAUCAGCUGCUGCCCAGUAGGCAAUCAUCCAUUCAGUAGCAGAGAUGAGCCUACAUUUUCUCUGGUUGGGGAAGGGUUAAGGCUAGAUUAGGAAGAGGGGGGGUGGGGGGUGAAAUUGAGGACAAGUUAGCAGAGUAUGGGAAACACCAAAACUGCCCCCUGGAGCCAGAGGCAUGAAUUUAAGGGCCUCUUUCCUUACAGCUACUUGAAUCAAUCGGCACAGUUUCUGGUGCAAUAGUAAUUAACCAGCAUGCAGCAGAUCACAUCCCAUUGAUGCCAUUUCUGUGUCUCUGACUAAGUGGGCCUCCACGAUACAUCCUUCAGGCCUCACAAGGGUUGUUUGGGUUAAAGGGAAAGGGAAGUCUGUGUUUCCUCCUGAUUGAUGGGUAAAGUACAAGUGUUGAAGCAGUUAGAUGUCUGAGAUACAUGAUCCCUAUAGGACAGAAUGCUCACAAUAAUAUUCCCACGUUUGAAAUCACUGGCAUUGAAACACCAACCUGGUGCACAGCAAGUGUGCCUGCAGAAUGCAAUUUCUUUGGGGAAGGUGAUAGGAGCCUAAAUGGGACAUCUGAAACAAAGGGGGGGGGGCUCUUCAAAAACAAACCUCUACUUUCAAUAAUGAUAUAUAUUUCUUACUUGUGUUUUACCCAACUGCAAAAAGUCUUGGGACCGCAGUGAUCCCUUCAGUGCAUAGAGAAACAAUCACGCUGCAGGAGAGGUACAGGAGCAUGUCAGGAUGCUCAAUCUAAGGUUCCAAUUUAUAGGCAGUCAGGUAGAUAUGUUAGCUUCUUGUUUCGACUGUUCUCUCUAUUCCCUUUCCAUAAGGGCAAAUGUGUUGAAAGGCAGGGCAUAAGUGGAUGGUUCCAGGUUGUGAUGGUCUUAUGAUGUGUGUUAGGAUGUGUGUUAGAUUUCGUUAUAAGAUAAUUAGCAAUUACGAAACAGAAGUCCUCCUGUAUAUAGAACAAUAAAUAUUUAGAAUAAUCUAUCUGAUUAUUUAAACAAAUAUUAUUUAAAUUAUAAUUGCUAUCUAUUAUGUGAGAGUUAAUUUCACAAAAGGGUAAAGUUUAAGGACAUAGAGGAACUAUAUUUAUUGAGUUUGGGUACCAGAAGGAGGGCUUUAGUGGGAACAUAGCGGGAUACUAUACAGGUAGAAUGAUGGGUAUCAUUAGGAAGUAAUAGUACUAGAGAGAUGAGCUUCAGUAGACAGUUGGGGUAUUUAACAGAUAGGAUCAAUAGCAGAUAUAGGAUCUGUGUUGGGUUUCAUGUAGAGAAUAAAUGUAUCAGAGAGAAUUGACCUCAAAUGUAGAAUUUCAGUACCUGCAGAAUUGGCUGUGAUGGGAAUAGAAAAGGCGAGGGGUUGACUUUGAUAAGAGAGAGAGGGUCCUGGAGAAAAAUACUUUGGUAGGAGCAUUAGAAUGCCAGCAGUACAUGUUUUGAUGGGAGAGCAUGGUAGUCAGACCAAUAUGCUUUGAUGAGCAAAUUAAGGAACCAAAUGGAAACACUUUGAAGAAACUAUUAAAGUUUUGAUUGGAGAACAUAGUACUGAAGGAUUGGCCUUUGUCAUGGAACAGUUAGGGAACUGGAAGGAAAGCAUCCAAUGGGUGCCACAAGGAUAGGUUCUUACGAGUAACUGCAAUAGAAUUUUCUUUCUUUUAUGGGAGACCUUAGGAUACCAUGGAAUCCACUUUGGGAAUUUGUUUCUUAGAGGAAUGAGCUUGAGUGGUAGCAUUAGACUAGUUGAUGGUUUUCAGUUGAAAAGGGUAUAGCAGAGGUAUUAACAUUGAUCUGAGAAUUGACGUGCUACGGAAAACGGUUUCACAGGGUGGAAGGAAUAAAUGAUGAAAUGUCUAUUUUCAAGACAAUUUAUGAAGUGAGAAUACUGGACAAAUGGGUCUUGUGUCUGAAUGCAAAAUGACGAAAAAAAAAUAGGUAAGUUAUACAAGGAUAGAGGGCAAUGAAUGGACGCUCCAAAAGAUAGAGACUCCACUCAUUGUCUUGCAUUUCUCAACAGUUGCUUAGAUGAAAUAUGGAGACAAUACAAAAGCUAUGCUCGAUAUGAAUCGGUUGGAUCUUCCUUACAAUGUUAACUUGCAUCAUGAACUUGUAAUUGACUCCGACCAUUCCUGUUGCUGGCGAGAGUGUUGAUCGACACCCCAUAAUCUUGGUAGUGACCACUCAUGAUCUCAGUGACCCCAGGCCAGGGAGGAGAACAUCAUAUUUCUAUGUUUUCUCCUGAACCCUGGAUCUUUGGUUAAAACAAUAUCCCAAUCAGCUCUCAACCUGAAUUUUCUACCGUCACUGUCUACCCAGGUUCACAUGGUAUUGAGUGUGAUACCAAAAGGUAUUUGAUCCACUUAAAUCCCACAUCUGCGAGAAGAAUGAAGUAUUUUGUUAGGGGGAGAAAUUCAUGAGAAUUAGUGGCGAUUCUGACAAUAAAUCAUUCUUUCAGAAAAUUAGUGCAAUCAAUUCACCAACCUGUCCAAAGCAUCUACAAGUCGAGGCAUAUUCAAAACAUGAACUUCUAGCUGCACUAAUCCAGCUGUGGUCAGAGUUGCAAUACAGUUUUAGGCCUCCAUGUAAAAAUUACACAAAGUUUUAAGAACUCCCUUGUCCAUACCUCUAGUAAAGCUAAAAUUGUGUCCCAAAUGAGCAUCCACCAGAACUACAAAAUUCUUCACUCAUUACAAAAUAUAUACAUUAUGAAAUGCAUAGGUAGGUGGUCAUAGUCUUUUGCCAGGAUAGAAAUGUCCAAUACUAGAAGGUGUAGGUUUAAAGUGAAAAUGGGAACAUUUAAAGGAGUCUUACGAUGCAAAUGUUUACAAUGUGUAGGUAACUGUAAUGCGCUGCCAGGGGAGGUAAUGGAAGCAGAUACAAUAGCAACGUUUAAGAGGCAUCAAGACAGGCGUAUAAACAGGCAGGAAAAGAUAGGAUAUAAUGCAGACAAAUGUGCAUUUUAAUUUAGCAUCUUCAUUAGCACAAACAUUGUACGUCAAAGGCCUGUUCCUGUGUUGUAUACUUCUACGUUUUAUUACCAUCAUCCCUGCUUAUUGGAAAUAGUACUUCACAGUGCUCUCUGGCACUGACCUGUACCAAUCUGUUAGCAAGUGACAUAGCUGGCGGUUUCCGACUACCAGGUAAUAGUUGACAAAUUAACAGUAACCAAAUAUCACAAUUCUCAUCCCUUUCAGAUUAAAUUGACUGGAAGUGAAAUGAUUUCCCAGAAUCAAUCAGCCACAUAGUUUCUUGAUCUCAGUUUGUCUUUAAUCUUGUGGUUCAUCAAAUAGAUUGAAAGACCAACAUGUGAAUGACAGCUUACUCCAACCUCCAUUGGUUCCCAGUCACCCUAACUUAGUUACAUUCUCUGCAGUGGUUUCAAACCCAUGGGGGUUUGAGUGUUGAGAGGGAGCCCAGUUAAACUAUAGGCAAUAUUGCACGACAUGGCUUUGACCACAAGGUCUGUAAAGUGAUCUGAAACGCCUAAACAGCUUCUAGUGAACAACACACUGCAGUUAACAACGUUUCCACCUGUCUAGACCUUCAGAUUAAUAUCUCCUGGAAAUAUCAGGUGCAGGCAUCGAGCCCUGGAUUAUACUAGUUAUUAAACUGGUUGCCUGUAUGUUAGCUGCAUUUACCUGUAUGUAAUGUUGGAUUAUGCUAACCAUUCAUUCUAUACUAAACACAUCAAUAUGUAACAGAUUAAGGUAAUUUAUCAUCUAAUUGUAUCAAUGAGAAACUGAUCACAAAGCCUUGUCAUGUUUUUGAGCAUAUGAUUAAAAAACUGUUGAACUUCCAAGUA